AUGGAGGUGGAGGCCUGGCCCGGCACUGACAGCACCGGGGCAUCGUACUCGAGCCACCUGGACCUGUGGAAUGAUGAAGAGAAAAAGACCAGCUGGUACAAGAAAACGCUUGAGCAUUGGGCAGCGCAGGAUGCCACAGUGAACGGGGUCCUUGGCGGCUUCCCGGAGACAAGCGAGCCCGACUUGCGGGAAUCCAGGAGGUUUCUGCAUCUGGUGCGACGGCCGACAGAUCCACCGAGUCAAAAGGGCAUCGUCCUGGACUGUGGAGCUGGAAUCGGAAGAGUCACGCAAGGCCUGCUGAUGCACGAGUUCGGGCAAGUCGACCUUGUCGAGCCAAAUGCCCGGUUGUUGGAAGCAGCUCGUGAGCAGAUUCGCGAUGCUAAAGUGGACCGCUUCAUCAACAGCUCCUUAGAACAAUUCCAGCCCGAGGAGGGGCGGUACAAUGCUAUCUGGGCGCAGUGGGUGCUGCUCUACUUGACAGACGAUGACUUGGUAUCGUUCCUGCAGCGAUGCAAGAAGGGUCUGACAAGGGACGGGCUAAUAUUUGUGAAAGAGAACGUCGUGCUGGAAGGGCAAUGGAUCGUUGACCGAGACGAUAAUAGCAUCUCUCGGACCGAUGCCAUGUACAAGGAAAUCUUCAGAAAAGCCGGCCUACUCCUACAGCAUGAGCUUAAACAGGCGCACUGGCCUUCAGAUCUGGUUCCAGUCAAGAUGUACGCUCUUAGAAGAGAGUAG